AUUUUCAGUCAUAAUAACGGAGCAAAUGAAAAAGACUCAUACACUAUACACCAGAGAGUAAAUCAUUGUGUUUCUUCUCAUUGAAAAUAUUAAAAGAAGUUUCAUUGCUCGUCAUUUUUUGCAUCAUAACAUUCAAUUUAUAUCAAUCUCGUAAAUUUGCAAUAAAUAUUUAAACAUCGAUCAAAUAUUGUGUAUACGAAUUUCACUAAAUAAAAAGAAGAAGAAGAAUUAAAAGUAAAAAAAAAUGUUGCAAUUGCAUCGAAACAAAUGUGAAUAAAAAGAGAUCGGUUUCGGUAUUUGUGAUUUCUUUUUCUUCGUUGUUUUUUUUUUUUUUCGUUGGUGUUUUCCUUUUCGGAGUGCGACAAAUUCAAUUGCUGAAUAUAUUGAGAGGCGAAAAUAAUGUUUGAUACGAUUGCAAUUGGUGCGAUAUCCACAGCGAAGAAAUAUUUUUUUGAAAAUUGUACAACAAGCAAAUUACAUUUAAAUCCAAAAGGAACACAUCACAACCAGAUAUGAAUGAAAGAGAAAGUAUUCCAAGUGUACCAGUAACAACGCUAGCUGGUCUAGCAAGUGUGUCCGACUUGCUAAACGAGCUUCCAAUAUCAGAUUCAUCAGUUGGUACGCCAUCAAAGAAAUCAUUACUCUUUCAUCCGCGAGUUGCUGAAGAGGCUAACCAUUUACUGUCUAUGAAAGAUGAUGUGCUAACGCGUCAACUGACUGCAGCACUCGAACAAACGAAUGCAGACCAUAUUGAACUUAAGCCACAAUAUGUGGAGCAACAACCUUCUGUAACGAAUAUGAAUGAAUUGCCGCACUUGCUGCAGGCAAUAUUACAAAUUAAGCAAAAUGUUUUCAAAACAGGCGGCCAGCAAUAUCAACAUCAAAGACCACCCACCCAAACUAAUCAUAUGUAUCAACAUGCUCAAAAUUUCAAUUCAGCGCAAAAUUCGAUGCAACAAAAUUCAUUUUGCUCAGCAGGAAAUCAAAUGCAAUGGAAUCAACAGCAACAACAACAGCAACAGCAGCAACAAUAUUCCGCGCAAUUACAGCAGUCAUUCAAUUCACAAAAUCAAAUGAUGCAUCCACAACAACAACAGCAGCAGCAUAUCCAAUAUCAACAGCAACAGCAACAGUUACAGCAUCAACAACAACAACAACAACAACAACAACAGCAGCAGCAGCAGCAGCAGCAGCAGCAACAGCAAAUGUAUAACUCGCAAAACCCAAUGAUGAACUCAUCACAACACAUGCAGUAUCAGCAACAAAUGCAGCAACAAAUUACUCCAAAUCAAAUGCCACAACCAAUGGUUGUUAAGCAAGAGUAUGCAUACGGAAGUAUGGAGCAAAGGUCUCAAGAUGCUUAUGCAAUUCAGCAAAAUAUGUACGAGAUGCCGCAACAGGUUAUUCAGUCGCAAUUGCAUCAGCCGUACCAAACGUCCGAUCAGAGUCAAUCGCCACAAAUACAACACCAUUCACAACAACAAUCAUACCAAACCGUAAUACAAAAUCAGGCUCAGCCUAUGCAAAACGUCGCACAUCACCAAACGCAUGCCAUGCAACAGCAACAGCAACAGCCUCAACAACAACAACAACAGCAACAGCAACCGCAUCCGACACCGCAACAACACCAUCAAACACAAUCACAUGCACAUCAGCAAUCUCAAAAUCAAAAUUCACGAUUCGACACAUUUGACAGCAUCAAAUCAACGCCAACAACACCAUCGCAACAGUCACACGCGAACCGCUAUGCAAACAACAUUGGAACGCCUCAAAAUAAUAGAUUUGGUAGCCGACCAUCACAGAAUGAUUUCAAUCAGCUCUUAGGACAACCAAAAAUGGAAAUGCAUCAAUCAUACCAGCAAAGAACAAAUAAUCAAUUGCAACAAAUUAACGAGAUCCUAAUGAAAAGCAAAUCAUCGUUCAAUAGCUUGCAGAAAAAUCAAGAUCAGAUGAAAGUGUUUCCAGAAGAUCCACCGCCACCGCCAAAACCAGCGCCAUGCAAUUCGUCGAACGACAAAAAAUCGCUGAAAAUUCAAUUGAAUCGAUUGAAUCCGGAGCAUAUCGAGCGAAUGGGCAAAAGUGUAUCCGAAUUUGCAAAAAAUUCACCCGAAUCAGCGAAAAAAUUGGGCGUGAUCAAGGAUGAUAUGGACAUUUUCUCAUUGAUGAAAGCCGACGAACGCAAUCUCAAACGAAAAACAACACAGAAUGACGUUUGUCCGUUUUCACAACCAAAACUCAAGAGAGUUUGCCAAGACAUGAAUCCGAAGACAAAUCAUGAAGAUGUUCAAAAAUCCCAAACAUACCAACAAUUCGUUCGUAAUAUGGAGAAUGAAAUCAGACAUUUACAAGACAGUGAACACUUUUACAAUCACGAUGAUGUUGAUUAUCACAGUGACUGCAUUUCGAAGAAAACACUCAACCAGCUAUCGAGUGAUGUGGCCAAACUGAAGGCAAAGGGCGCUGUUGACGCAUUGAACAAGAACAAAUUAACGCUUUUGAUCAAUUUUGCCAUGCGUAAUGUCGAUGUGGCCAAAAACUUAUCAGCUGGACCCGAUAUUGAGGAUGAUAGUGAAGAGCAAAUCGAUAAGAUUUUGGAUGCGGCCGAAGCCUGUUUGCUGAUUUGCAAUUUAUACUCAACGACAAAAGAUGUAAAAUUCCUGCAAGAAGAUAAUAUGGAUAAAAUCGUGAAAUUUGCCCAAUUACAAAUGCGUGAAACGAUCUUUCCAACAUUCGAUCCGGUAUUUUCGUUGCGAAGUACCAAGAAAACCGACGGUCGCAAGAAAAACAAAACGCAAAAUAUGAAUAACAAUCAUGGUGUAAAUGUGUCUCGCAAAGUACAACUUUUAUUUAAUAAAUUAGUGGAGUUGACACGUAUAUUUGUCACAUUGUUUGAUAAAUGUGCGUUCAUCGAUACGAUUGUGUUGGCUGUGUCUACAUUGGCCGUUGAACCGUUUUUCGUCGAUAACAUUGAAGCCAUGCAAUUUGCUUGUCUCGAGCUAAUCACAACGAUAUUCCGCAAAGAGAACUAUGUGAACUAUCGAAAUAGUAUUUUAAACGAUAUUUUCGCAUCGGUGGAUCGUCUGCCGCAAUCAAAGCGAAAUAUGCGACCAUAUAAACUAUCGCACAACGGUGGUAGCAUUCAAAUGAUAACUGCCUUAGUAUUGCAGUUGAUUCAAUGUUCAACAGUGUUGCCGGAGACCUUAACCGAUUUGGCAAAAUAUCGAAAGAAAAUCAAUCAAGGCGAUAUGGAUGCCAAAUUCGACAAAGAUGUAAUCGUUAAAGAGAAACACGACAUUGCAUUGAGCAUUGGCGGCAAUUUUCUAACCACUUUUCUCGAUAAAUGCAAAACACGAUCGAGCGAAACUGAUUUUCGGCCAUUGUUUGAAAAUUUUAUCACGGAUUUGCUGACAACAGUAAAUCGACCCGAAUGGCCAGCAUCCGAAUUACUUCUUAGUCUUUUGGGCACACUUUUAGUUAAAUACAUGUCUGACAAAUCAAUGGAUCAAUCGAUACGAGUGGUUUCACUAGAAUACUUAGGAAUUGUUGCAGCACGUUUGCGAAAGGAUACAGUCGAAUCUCGAUGCAAAGUCGAUACCAUGGAUCAACUAAUCAAAUGCAUCAAAUUGGAACAAGAGAAGGAAAACGAUUUGGACAAUGAUGAGUGUAAAAUCGUGGUCGAUCCAGAAGAAGAGCGUACCGAAUUUCUUCAACGAAUAUUGCUUGAUUUUUUGGCUGUAAAUGCGCACGAAGACAAUUUGGUGUACGAUUAUGCUCGACAUUUUUACUUGACACAAUGGUAUCAAGACGCACAACAACGGAAAAAGCGCGUUGCUCAGGGUGAAAAGGGGUUUGCAUCGCGUAAAAAACAAACAAAAAAGAAUCGAAAGUAUCGAGACUCUGAAUCAUCGCUGGACGAUGAUAGCGAUGAUGAUGACGAUGAUGAUGAUGUCAAAGCUGUAAAACCUGGCGGCACCGAUCAAGAGCUCAAUUUAGAAAUAUUUCGAUUACUUGAUAAUCGUAAGAAAUAUCUGCUAUCAAAAAUCACCUCAUUUUCACCGAACAGCAAUGUUCAAGACAUAAAAACCUAUAUCGAUUACAAUAAUGCAAAUUUGAUUGCACAAUAUUUGGCCAGUAAACGUCCGUUUUCACAGAGUUUCGACAUUUAUCUGCAGAAAAUUAUAUUGGUGGUGCGCGAACAAUCGAUCGGCAUUCGAACAAAAGCAAUGAAAUGUUUGGCCUUAAUCGUUGAAGUCGAUCCAUCGAUAUUGAAGCGAAGAGAUAUGCAAAUCGGUGUGAGUCAGAAAUUUUUGGAUACAUCGAUUUCAGUGCGCGAGGCGGCUGUUGAUUUGGUUGGCAAAUAUGUGCUUAACAGUCCAGAAUUGAUAAUUCAGUAUUACGAUAUGUUGUCCAAACGAAUACUUGAUACGGGUGUGUCGGUCAGAAAACGGGUCAUUAAAAUUCUACGUGACAUUUGCAUUGAGUAUCCGAAUUUCACAAAAAUACCGGAAAUUUGCGUAAAAAUGAUUCGACGUGUCAAUGACGAAGAGGGCAUUCAGAAAUUAGUCACCGAAGUGUUUAUGCGAAUGUGGUUUACACCGUGCGCAGACAACGAUAAGGCAUCUAUUCAACGGAAGAUCGGCCAAAUGAUUGACGUUGUGAGCAUGGCACAUGACACUGGCCUACAAUGGCUUGACGGACUUUUGACCAGUAUAUUCACACCGAAAGAAGAAAAAGACAUCGAUCGAACGGCGAAUGCGCCGAAAAAGGAACCACCGAAAGAAGUAGUGAAAGCGUGUCAACAACUCGCCGAUGGAUUGGUUAAUGAGAUUUUGAAAUUUGAAGCGUCGGACAGUAAGAAGGUGCUGAGUUGUGUGACAACGUUGCAUUUGUUAGCCAAAGUUCGACCAGCAUUGCUUGUAAACCAUGGUAUUACAUUGGAACCGUAUCUUAAUACACUUGCAUCGACUGCCAACGGAUUGAAAUUCAUUAGUUGCAUUGCUGAAAUUUUGGAGCAAGUGGUACCGUUGAUGGAACAUCCGAGUGAAUCGUUCUUGGUUGACCUCGAAACACAUCUUAUGGUGUUGGCGUGCAGUCAUAAUCAAGUCGUAGUCAAUAGUUGUCUAUCAUGUUUGGGUGCUGUUAUCAACAAAAUCACUAAAAACUAUAGGCUCAUUCGAGAUUGUUUCGUUCGGUUCUACAAACCAAUCAUCAAUAGUCACAAUCAAUUGCAAAAGCAACCAAAUUAUCCGAUUGCCAAUAUAUAUCGGCCGCAAUUCCGUCGUGGUUUGUUCACAAUCGGUUUGAUGAUGCGAUUUUUUGAUUUUAAGAAUCCAAAUGUGUACGGUGAUGGUUUGGGUCCCGAAGAAGCCGGUCUACCAUCAACCAUAUGCAGUGAUACAUUUGAGCAUCUAUUCUAUUUUUCAACGAUUUCCAACCAUAAUGAGAUUCGCCGUGAAGCGCUCGUUGCUCUUGGCCAUUUUUGUAUACAAAAUUACGAUUAUUUAGUUGAUACAAAACUUCGGAACCUGUACUGUGAUAUUCUGACAUCGGAAAAUUACGAUGUAAGCGUAAAAAUAAUUGUUCUACGCAAUAUUCAGAUGUAUUUGAAUGACGCAGAUAUGUCGAUGUCAAUGAAAGACAAAGACUGGCAAACGCAAUCGUUGGUAGAAAAUUUAUCGGAUAUGAAUGAUGUGGCAUCGGGCAUGGCGAGUCGAAUUAUUCAAUUGUAUCUCAAGGAAAUUCUAAGCAGCUUGCUACACAGAGACGUGAAUGUGCGAUCAAAUGCAAUCAAAGUUAUCCAAUUGGUAUUACAACAAGGUUUGGUUCAUCCGAUGACAAUUGUUCCAUAUCUGAUUUGCGUGAGCACUGAUUCGGUGCGAGAGAAUGCUCAUCGAUCCGAUCAUCAUUUGCAAGAGAUUGAUAAACAGUAUCCAGGUUUUGUACAUAUGAAAUCACAGGCUGGCAUGUCACUGUCAUUUGAAUUGCAAACGGUGCUACAAAAUAAAGAAAAUGAACGAAACGCAGUCGUUCGUGGCUAUUGUGUUAGAAAUAAAGACGAACCACCAUCGGCGCUCAAUAGUUUUCUAUAUACGUUGUUACGCACAACAAAACCACAACGACGUGCACUCGUCCAAUGUAUGAUCAAACAAUUCGACGAACAAAAGACAACACUGCGGCACAUGAUCUAUUUGGCUGAUAAUUUGGCCUAUUUUCCAUACACAAUGCAAGACGAACCACUUUAUAUCAUUCAUCAAAUCGAUUUGCUGAUUACUGUUGCUGGAACCAGUCUAUUGCAGACAUUCAGAGAAAAUCUGAAGCCUAUGCCAGGACAAGAGCAAACCGAUCCAAAUGCACCAAAAAAUGUAUUGGAAGAUGAUGACGAAGACGACGAUGAGGACAUUGAAGUGCUCUAUCAUAGGCUGCCGGAGAGUACAUUCGAACUAGAGAAAUGCAUAACCGCUUCGCAAGGUUGCAUUCUUUUAUUGAUGUUGAAACAACAUCUAAAAGACCUGUACAAAAUCAAUGAUAACAAAAUCUCUCGAUACACUCCAUCGGAAAAUACCAAAGUGUACGAUAAAGUCGUUCACCGAGUUCAAGUGCCGAACUUCAAUCCAAAGCAGACAAUCGACAUCAUAAACAAGGAACGAUCACAAGAUAUUGAGUUGUCCGAAGCCGAGAAACGGCAACUACUUCAACAAUAUUUGGACUUCAAACAACUCAUGUUGAAGAUCGACAAUGAAGGAUCGGACGAUGAAUCAGAUACUGCAAUCAACAAAUCAGCGACAACAACUCCGAAAAAAAUUGAUCCAAAUGAGUAUGGUGCAAAUACCCAUGCGCAAGCGCAAUCGUAUCAACAGCAACCAAUCCAUGUAAACAAUGUGAACAAUGCAAUAAUAGGCAAUGCUGGACAAACUCCAUUACAAGCUCUUCCCAAGAAUAUGAUGAAUAGCCAUGGUUAUCCGACAUCGGCGUUGGCCACCGCACCGAAAUCAAUGCCGAUUCGUACAAUGCAAAAAACGCCGAAACGAAAACAGUCAUCGUCUGCACGCAAAUCAUCGCGUGGUGGCAAACGUAUGCGCAAGAAAAGCCAAUUUCGAUCAUCAUCUGAAGACGAUGCCAGUGAUUAUAGCGAUGACGAUUAUGAAUAGAAGUGACGACACAAAAUCAAAUCUCUCUCUCUCACAAUCAAUCAAUCAAUUGUAUCGCUGAACGCUCCUUAUAAACUCCCACACACACACGAGAAUAUAUCAAUUUUUAUUUUCUUUCAUUUUGUUUUCAACGGUAAAAUUUUGUGAAAAGAAAUGUUUUUUUUUUUAAAUUUCGAAAUUUAUUUUCUGAUCGCAUACACUUUUUUGGUUUUUAUUCCCUUUGGUUCUCUUUUUCUCGAAGUAAAAGAUUGUUUAUUGGAUUAAUAAUUUAAAAUGUUGCGCAUUUUGGGUUUUAACGGAAAAAUGUGGACACCAUUUUACAGUUAAGAUCACAUUUCAAAUUAAGAUUGUGUAUGGAAGAAAAACGUACACUAUAGCAAUUGUUGUAUAAAUGAUUACAUAAAUCAAUUUAUUUGAGUUGGGCGCAGCUAAAAUCAAUAGUUUAAAAUUAAGUGUAUAUUUAAAAGUAUAAAUGAAAAAGUUCACCUUAAACUUAGCUUAAAACAUUUGAAAAAUAAAACACUCCUCCCACACAAACACAACACAUCUAUUUAUAUAAUAGCAAAAAAAAAGGAUAAAAAAUUGAAUCAUACACCAACAAAAUCCAUAAAAUUGAGGAACAAAAUGAGCAAAAAAAAAAAUUAGUUGGAAUUAUUUAUUAUUCAUUCACAACAAAACAAAAAAAAAACUCUAAAAAUGUUAGCUUAGAUAAGUUUAGAAAUUCUGAAUGAGAUGAAACACUCUCAAAUCUAUGAAAAUAUUUAAGUCAAAUGGGCCACUGGCAAUGGCACAAAACGUAGUAGAUUCAAUUGAAUACUACAAUUAUUUCUGUAUUUUUAUGAGAAUAAAAAACUAACGAAAAUAAAUAAAAGGGAAAAAACAAUAAGCAAAUGUGUAUAUUACAAGUGACAAAAAGAGACGAUGAUCGAAAUCGCAAGAAUAAAUUCAUUCAAUCAUCGAUGACAAAAUGAUCUAUUUAAACAAAAAGAGAUGUAAAGAACAAACAAGAGAAAAUUAGAGUUUAUAAAAUGCCACAAAUAAGAAACAAAGAAAAAUCUUAACAAUGUAUGUAAUUAAUUCUCCAUUGAAGACCAAGUUUGCAUUUUUGUUUUCUCUUUUUUCUCUUAUAUUUUCCACUCACACACAACGACCAUUAUCACAACCACUCAUUUUAUUAAUUGAGCUCAUUCAUUAUUGCAUAUAAAUGCUUAGUUUCAAUCGGCUUCUAAUCUUUUCUGAAUAAACAAGACGACGAAAGAAACAUAUAUAUACAUAGAAAUGAUUUUCUAUCUCAUUCAUCAACCUCUUUUAGUCUUAACAGAAACACACAAACAUCCCUUUAGAAUUUUUAAUGCAUACUUAAUGGCAGAAAUUUUUCAAACUUUCUUCUUAAUUUAAGAAUUCCUUCUCUCAAUUUUUUUUUUUUGUAAAAAAGAAACAUUUGUAGAAUGUAAGAGUUUUUUAAAAAAAACAAAAAUUGACAAACAAAUUGAAAAAAAAAUCAUAGAAACAUAGAAACGGUAUUUUUCUGCGAUUGAAUAAGGAAUGACACAAUAUGGAAUUUUGUGCUAAUUCUUUAUUUACGUUUGUGUGUUAGUAGAAAAAAAUUUAAAAUAAAACGGAAAAAAAUGGAAAUGAAAUAUACUUCUAAUUGUUAGCAAAGAAUUAUUUGACAAACGC